UCCCCCGCUCCUCCCUUCUCCAGAUCGCAGCGGUGCGGAGUGGCCCGGGCUGCCCGGCCCCGUGAGCGGCCAGCGCCGGGAGAGGCACCGGGCCGGGGCUGCCCAGGGAGAUGUCACUGCAGGAUGGGGACCCGAGGGGACGGCAGGACAGCGGGGAGGUCAGCGGUAUCCCCCGGCUCGGGGGGAUGGAGGACUCCUCGCUCCGGGGCACGGCAGCACCCGGUGGCAGCAGGACAGACGUGAUGGCAGAGGGCUGGGAGCCGGGGCCAGCGCUGGGUGACGGGGACGUGACCCCCGAGGGAGCCCCACAGCGAGCACGGCAGCCCGAGGAAGCCCUGAUGACCGAGCUCUCGGAGCUGGUGCAGAAGGUGGUGAAGAGCAGCAGCUGGUGGGAACGGCACGGCGUGGACAUCAGCAUCCUUGCCUGCAGCCUCCUCCUGCUGCCAGCAGGGUUCCUGUGCCUGCGGUCAGCUCAGGCCAUCCCUUUCCUGGCGGGUGUCCUCACCCUUGGUGUGGUGCAUCACACCCUGACCGUCAAGGGCAGUCACCUGGCCAGCCACAAUGCCUUGACCGAGUCCAAGUCCUGGGGCAAAGUGUGGGCUAUCUUCUUCAUUGAGCUCUGCUCAGCUUUCACAGUCGAGCAGGCCACCUACAACCAUGUGAAGAUCCACCACGGCUACACCAAUGUCAUCGGCCUGGGGGACUCCAGCACGUGGAAACUUCCUUUCCUCAACCGCUACGUUUACAUGUUCAUCGCGCCUCUUGCAGUGCCCAUCCUAACCCCUCUGGUUGCACUUGAUUUAUUGAGGAACGUGGAGUGGAAGGCAGCUCUCCGGACCCUCUGCUGCAUGUUUCUGGGGUUUUACUGCCAUUACUGGCUCCUGCUCCACGUCUCGGGCUUCCAGUCGCCGUGGUCCGCCCUGCUCUGCAUGCUGCUCACCCGCUCCCUCCUGGCCCAUCCCUACAUCCAUGUCAACAUAUUCCAGCACAUCGGCCUCCCCAUGUUCGCGGCCGACCGCAAACCCAAGCGGAUCCACCUCAUGAGCCUGGGCGUCCUCAACCUGCCCCGCAACGCCCUCCUUGACUGGUCCUUCGGCCACUCGCUCAUCAGCUGCCAUGUGGAGCAUCACCUCUUCCCCAGCCUCUCUGACAACAUGUGCCUGAAGAUCAAACCCAUCGUUUCACAGUAUCUGAAGCAGAAGAAGCUGCCCUACAAUGAGGACACCUACAGCUCCAGGCUCUGGCUCUUCCUCCAGAGAUAUGAGGAGCUGAUGGUCCAUGCUCCCCCCAUAACGGAGCUGGUGGGCAUCCAGUGAGGACCACGGGGGCCACAGCACUUGGGAGGGCUGUUUCUCACAGGGACAUUCAGAGGGACGGUUUUAGCAGGACCAACACCUUCAUGAAGUCAUGGUGUAGGAAACAUCCCUCCCUGAAGUCUUGCUUUUGGCUAGAAAAUGGUGCACAGAGCCACUGCAGGGGGAGAGACAGGUGGGGCAGCACCAGGGACAGAAAAAUCGGGGUCCCCCACAGUUAUUCCCAGCCAGGGCUUAGUUUUAUCCGCUCUGCUUUUACACUUGGGGAGAGGAAAUCCCCCCCAUCCGUGGGGGAUGUCCAGGACAUCCAGAACUGAGAAGCAUCAGGAUGUGUAGGAUGGAGCUGCAGCUGUGUGGUCGGGGUCUGAGGGAAGGGGUGGAUGGUGGGGAGGGGGUUGUGUCACUGCUACUUGUGCUUUGCCUGACUUUGGGCUAAAUCAGUCCCUUCUAGGAACAAAGAUUUGGAAAAUUCAGCCUUAACACUUCGGGGUGGAUUUCCUUUAUCACUGGCUUUCCUUGCUGGAGGAAGAUUUACUGGUAUCCUGCGGUGCCCGGGGCAGGACUGGGGGAAAGACCCCCAUUCCAUGGGGGGUGUCUGUGUUGGGGUGUCAGAGGUGACCCCACACUUGCUUAUUGCCAUGGCAAGAGUUUACCAAGGGAAUCACCUGCCAGAGGCAGGCAGGUGUACAGGGCUUGGGACACCUUCCCUGUUUAGGGAGGGUGAGCUCUGCCCCCCUGUGCUGCUGCCAGGGCUGGGAUACUCAUGUGGCCAGUUCAAGCCCCCUCUGGGGAGCUGUGUCUGGCUUUACCAGGGUGCUCUGCUGUCCUACACCUGCAAGACCAACCACAGAGUCCACCCCAGUGUCACGGUGGGGAGCUGGCAGCAGAAAGGGCAGAUGGCCAAACUGAGACCAGCGUGGUUUUGCUUUGAGCCUGGGGUUUUGCUCCCUGAUUUGAGUUGUUCUCCCAUCUGGGCUGGACCCCUGCAGUGCCACGUUGUGGAUUUGUAAAGCUUCACAGGUAAAUGUGUCCCAAGGCACAGGGAUGCUCUGUCCAGGUCCUGGCCUGUGGCAAGGUGAUUGUUGCAGCAGGCAGUUCAUGGUGUUUUACUCUGCUUCUCCUCCACCAAGUCCAGGAGCAUCCUCAGAUGCACUGGGGAAGUGUCCCUGUGAUGAGAGGCUGGAACUGGGGUGGCCAUGGCAUCCCUGUGCAGGUGAUCCAGACUCAGGGAAAGGAGGAGUGGCCCUGGAUCCAUCCAGCAUGACCCCUUUGGCAUCAGAAAUGUUGGACUAUCGAUUUACCCUGGGCUGGGGCCCAGGGGCUGCUGAUGCACUGAUUUGGGGGCAUUGUCACCUCUACCCAGGCCUAUGUGGGUCAUUGAUCCAGGACAUUAUGAAACACCCAGAGGGCAAAUUCCUAUCCUUUGGGCAGGGGUUAGGCUGGGUCUGGGGCAGCUGGAGGGGUAUGGCCAGGGCAAAUGGCCUGAAUGCUCUAGGGGGCCAAAGACCCUCCCCAGACUGCCCCUCCCCCAAUUAAUUUCUCAAUUGAGCAUCAGAGAUAAAUUAAAGUAAAUGUGACAAAUUA